AAACCAGUACUGCUCUAAACUAAAUUCGACAAGAUUCGAAUAUCGAGGUACUAAUGAUAUAGGGUACAGGAAGUUCUAAGCACAGUUAGAGGUUAUGGCAAGGAGUGACCAAGACAGUCUGCUGUUAAAACGAGAUUUUCAAUGUAGUUGCUGUUUUGAGCUUAUGGUUGAACCUACUACACUCAAUUGUGGACACAGCUUUUGUCGGUUUUGCCUCGCAAAGUGGUGGAAUGCAUCAAGACACAACACAUGUCCAGAGUGUCGAGAACCAUGGUCAGGAUGCCCUAAAGUUAAUAUUGUAUUAAGAAGAACUAUCCAAGUACUCUUUUCAAAGGAAGAGGCAGAACGAAAACGUUUCCAGAAGUCUUCCCCAGACUUUGGAUCAGUAUUGUCCAAGUUUGAUGCUCUGGAAAGUAAAUCCUCACAAAGAUUUGCCAGCAGUCAUGAAGUACAAUUUGCUCAAGGUCAACAUGUGGGGAUUACCUGCAUAAAGCUUAUAUUUAUUGUUCUGUCUGUCCUUGGGAUUGUCAUGUUUAUAUAUCAUGUACUGAGCUUGUUCAUGGGCCAAAGAGAUCCUCUUGUUAGAAAACCAGUGGUUAAAUGGAGUACACAGGAUGUGGCUAAAUGGUUGGAAAGCUUAGGUGAUUGGGCAAAAGGAUAUAGUGACAGAUUCCAAGAUGCAGGAAUUGAUGGAAACCUUCUAUUGUCCUUGUCUGAAUAUGACUUGGAGACUCCACCUCUUAAUGUUGUAGUUUCCUAUCAUAGGCGGGUACUCUUAAAGGAACUUGAAGCACUAAAAGCCCUGGGAGUAAAGCGGCCAUCAGAUCUGUGGGAGUACAAGACUGCUUAUCCUGUGCGGGCAAUACUUCUUUUGUGGGGUUUACGAGAGUUUCCAAGGUUGACAGUCUUUUACGCAUUCUUUGCUUGUAACCAAGAUGUUUUUCAACCUCUGCUAUUUUAUACAAGUGAAACUACUAUUGAAGGAAGUAUAUUUGAGGUGACAGCCAUUCCUUCUAAAGAGUAUUUCCAAUUUUUUUUGCGUCUUGUUUUGGUUCCCUAUUACCUUAUUGGAAAAUUCACUUUGAGGUGGAUCUAUCUUAAUUACUUUGUUGGAGCUGUUGUCCUCAUCUACUGUAUUCUUAUGAGCCUUGUUGAGUUUUCAAAGCUGAGAUGGCUGUUCAUGAUGGGGGGAUGGAGGCGACUACCAGGAUUGUUAAUUGGAAUCUUAACUACAGCUUCUGUUAAUGGAUUGUUUCAUCUCGCUCUGUGGAGUUUUCUUCCAUCAUUCAUUUGUGACUUAGCAUUUUACUGGAUGCUAUUCUUGGCACCAUACGCUGCCUGGCAUAGCUUUAAAGUGGGCUUGGCUGAUGGUGAAGUUCACUUUCAUCCUGCAAGAGACUUCUUUUUAUGGAUUUGGAGAAUGCUUCGUCAGUUGAGGACAGGACAACACUUCUGAUCCAUAUUUAGAAAGAACUAACAUAUCUGUUGGAAAGUUUUAUAGAUCUUUAGUUCACUUUCUAUUUUAGCUACUAGUUCCUGUCAGUUAGCUUUGAUGUGUUCUUCAUAUCUCUGGAAAAUGUCUGCAUACGCGACCUCCAUUUAAUGGAGCGACUACACAUGGAUCAUAAGGAAAACUCAGCAUCUAUAACUGGCGUGGAAAACAACUACCAUCUUUUCAUCAAAGCUAAUUGCUGUCAUAUUGCCACCUAAGGACAAUUUCUAAAUCCACUGGAAAUGUUCUUCAUUUUCUCAAACUGUUCGUCAAAAGGUGGCUCAUUACUACUAAACUUUGCUUCUGUCCAGUGAAAGUGCAUUCCAAAACAUAUCAAACUCUGCCAAAUCACUUUAUCCAAAUGUUGAUUUUUGUGGGCAACAUUAAAUUAGUAGCUGACUUUGGA